AGAGGGGGGCCAUGCGGUGCUGAGGCUCGCCGGGGAUAUUCCUUCAUUGCUGUCUAACCUGCCCCACCUAGUCAUGCCCUAAUGUCUGCAGAGGUGAGUGGCUUCCCCAGGCGUUAAAGUGACCACACAUUAGAGGUGUAUCGGCCCGCGUUUUGCUGUACUAGUGUCGAGAUGCAGUCGCCUCCAAGAUGAGGACACCGAGGCGGGGGUGAGGCAGAGCGAAGAGUGAGAGAGAGAGAGAGAGAGCGCUGGAUGCUUCACCACCACCACCACCACCGCUGCUGCUGCUGCUCUGCUCCUGUUCCUGCUGCUGCUGUUGCUCCUGCUACACCGUCUACUCUCGCAUUAUCCACUGGGCCUUUCAUGAUGUGAAGCGUUGUGUGGUGGCGGUGGUAGCAGAUGAUGGUGGCGGUGAUGUGAUAGUGAGGACCAGUGGUGGGUGGCGGGCAGCGGCGUCCCUCCUCCCACAACAUCGGCUCCGGUACACCUCAGGACUCUCAGCCCAACAUUCUUACCCUGGAGGCUCCAGGUUGGAGGGCUGUGUGUGUGUGCUAUAAAGGAAACUCCAGUGUCUAUAUGGACCACGAGUGAAGGCGCGAGUGAUGAAGAGCCCUCUGCUUGAGUCGGAGGAGAGCGGCAGAGUACACUGUCAGGGAAAGGGGAAGCGCCCAUAUAAGGUAUGGGACAGCGGCCGGCAGGUGCGCAAGGGACUCGUCGUCUCCAGCUUCAACGAACUUAUAGAAAAAGGUCGAGAGAAGCUGGAGCUGGGGGAGGUGCGGAUAAAGGUGGUGCUGGAGGCUGACGGAACGCAAGUAGAAGACCCAGAGUACUUUUGCACCCUGCCAGAGAAUACAGUCUUCCUCUUACUCAGGCAGGGUGAACACUGGUACCCUGCAGGAGUUGAGGUGCUCAGACAAGCCAUCACUGCCAUUCCCAAGAUCGUAUGUGAGACCAUCUACUCCCUGGGCCUACACGAUGAAGCGCCGGUGUGGAAGAUCAUGGACCAGUACGGCAAGAUCACCGUUGUUCUCUCCUGGGACCCCUGCCACCGGGGGGACCACCGCCACGGCACGUCAUCCCCCCGGAAGCCGUCCGCCACUGCCACUCGGAUGAUUGUAAGCGGAGUAGGGGAAAGUACCAUCCAGCGACAUGAGUACCUGGUGGCUCAGCCCUCUGUAGGCUCCACGCCUUCACCUGCACCCACUAUUUCCCUUAGUGGCACCAAAUCACCUGUACCUGCUGCAGGUGCAGUAAGCCAGGCACCUGUGGGCACUGUUACCACUAUAUUGCGGGACGGCAAAAAGGAGACGCUCAUUAAUGACAUUGGUCCUUCUGCAACUGCUCCACCUCUACCAACUCAUCACCAGGGUACUGUGAUAAACCACGACAGCGAGCACAAGAGUUCCUACAUGGGCACCGGUCCUGGGGCGGCGGCGGCAGUUGUGGGGCGCCUUUCUCGCCAGGGGUCGUCUGUGGACUCAUCGCACUCAGCCACUGUGCAUGUCCACACACCAGAGUGCUGUAUGUAUGGGCAUCCACACACCCCACAGCCCCGCACCCGCGCCUCCCCCACCGGUGAUCAGGCUGAGUGUGACUUCCACUGCUGCUCGCUGCAUGAGGAGGGCGGUCGUAUCCAGGCAAGUCGACACCAUCUGCAUCAUCAGCAACACCAUGUGCACCAUCACCAGCCAGGGCAACAGGUACAUAAAGCUGUAGCUACAUCCCCCAUCCAGGAAGGUCCUCAAGAAAAACGCCCAGGUCAUCACCACGCUCAUCCUACCAGUCAAAGUCCCAGCAGCAAGCCAUCUCAAGCAGGGCCUCAGGCUACUGUUGCAGCAGCUGCAGCUGCUGCAGCAGCAGUCGUACAGUCCCAAAAAGGUGGUUCUCAUGUACGCUUCUUAGCUGAUUAUCGUUCGUCCAACUUGGAUAAACAGCGGACGGAUCAGGAAAGUUCUGAAUCUGAAACAGAAAAUACAACAAAUGAUGAGGAGGCUCACACAACUGAGAAGUUCCUCUUGCUCACUGAUCAACUUUCCGUCGACACCAAGAAGCACCUUUCCAUCAAGGACAUUGGGGUUAUUCUUGAUCGACUAUCUUCCAAAAUAGUUGAUGUAGAAAAACUAGAUCGUGAGGCAGAGGAAGAAGAUUGUUUUAACUGGACAAUCAAAGCUACAAUCCGAGGUGAUACUCUAAGAGAACUCGGUGUAGUAUAUAAUGGUCACUAUUAUUCCAUUAGUGAACACCCAGGUUAUGGUCAGAAAAAAGAGGAGGAGGAGGAAGUAACAGAAGCCAAGGAGGCAGAAAAAGAACCCGUCUGACUGUUCAAACUGUGUUCAAUGGACAAACUUAUUUUUUUGGUUUGAUGGUGAUAAUGCCAGGCUUAGGAAUGUAGUGAUCGACAAAAUAUGUUUGUUGUUUGUUGAAGAGUAAAGCUGUUGACAUAAACAGGUUAUGAGUGUUACAUGAAGAAUGUAAGGAAAGUUAGAAUAGUGUUGAGUGAUUGAGUGCGACUUUUCAAGAGUUCCCUCACUGCAACAAACGUGGCCUGCCACCCUCGGAUGUCCGCAGCAGUGCCGCCACAACAACAAGUCAUGUGCUCUUGUUUCUAGUGUACAUAGGCGGGAGGAGGCACUGCGACCACCAAUGCCGCGUGACAGGUGCUGGCUGUCUCCCCAGUGUCCUGCCAGGGCCUAUCACGCUUGUAUUUAGAAGACAAUCGUCGAGCUACCCUGCAGGCAGGCUUUAGCGUAGCUUCUGACCAUCGCACGUCACUUGUUAUAUGGACACUAAGGCGAAAAGUAUUAGAUAACCCUCAAGUGUUCACUACCCAGCCCAGCAGAAUCCUUGUUGAUACUGUGGCAGCCAAGCCAGGUCAGAGAGUUCUACUUGAGGUACUGACAAUGUGUCUGGGUCUGGGCAAGACUCACUAUGAUUGUGUUCCAUUGUGGGUGGUGUGCCAGCCCAGCGGACCCUUCCUACCUACAUGCCCACACCUGAGAAUGAACAAGAUUUGAUGCAAAUAAUAUACAUGGAAGUAAUACAUCCAUCCUUUCAUGGAUUACAACUUAACUGAAGAUAUUUAUAGAACUCGAGUUUAUACCGCCAAAUUUAAAAAGCCUAUAUUUUAAUUCAGUAAAUGAACCUUCAAUAAGUGUUUUACACAUGUGCCAGGCUGACACAGCAAUGGAAAGAUGUUAUGUGGUGAGGUGAAUGCAGAAUGAUAUGCUCAAAACCAAUGUGUAAUGAAGACUUUCACUAAGAAUUUUUUUAAAGUUCUUGAUAAUAAUGCUGUUAAUAGUAAAUAAACAAAGGUGACAGUUUUUAAAUGGAGUGAAAAUGUUUCUAUUAAUACACUCAAUGAUGACAACAAAGACAGAGGCCAGAAGAUAAUGUUGGUAUUCUCUGCACCUGUGACCAUCAAGAGAGUAUUUGUGUCUCUAUCAGAGAUUCUGAGCCUUAUUUACUACCCCAAUAAUACUCCAUUUGCCAUAUGUUGUGAAUAAGAAAAUAAGAAACAUUGGGAUGUGACAAGUACGGCUCAGAAUACUUGAUAGAGAGUUUGUUUUGUUUUAGAACUCAAGGAAUGUGGCAUUCGGUCUGUAGUAGAUCAGGGGUGUCUUGGUGCCCAUCGCAAGCGCUGUGCCUUCCAAUCAUGUACACUGAAAGCAAUUUUGUUUCCUUAGAUGAGGAACUGCGCUUGGAUGAAGUAAUGUCGGUACGCCUGUGCAUAAUUUUUGGUGCAAGUUUUGUGCAUCUGUGGAGAGAUUAGGGGUUGUGGGCCUUUGUGGGCUGUUAAAAAAGGUGGAUCAUUGUCCCUGAAUAUUGUGAACUUUUUAAUAAGGACAUUUACUGAGUGAAACAGUAAAUUUGUGACUUUUGUAGGUGACAGAAUGAGGCAAAAUUGCAGCCAUGGUGGCAUUGCAAUAUAAAUAAUAUUUGGUCUCUACUGAUACCGACCAGGGCUCACAUCUGACUACAAUAAGCAAAUUCAAAAGACAAAUCUUGGGUUCUAUGAAGCAGAUGUAUUACUCUUGACAUGUCAUUUGGUAUGGAUGCUGUAUAGUCUCAUUUGGUAAUGCUAUUUGUCUAAGGUUUGGCCUUAUUGGGUAAUUCAGUUUAUUAAAAGCUGAAAGGUUUGAUUAGAGCCUUCAUGGAUAACUCCAUUUGGUUUACUCUCUGCUUAAUUCAUAAGUAAAGAAGUACUAAAAUCCCAAAUAAAGAAUACACUCACUGACAACUCCACAAAAAUAUAAAUUUGUUGGCCCUACUUGCUUCAAAGCAUUUGCCGAAGAAGCUACCCUAAAGAGAGAGUUUCUGUUUUUUUAUUUUUUUUUUUUUUACAAAAUCUUCAAAAAAACUUGGAUUUUAGCAGACCGUUGAGCAGUGAUCUGUACUGGCAAUACUUGAUUAUGGUCAGUUCGGACUUUUUUAUUUGUUUGGAGAAGCUGCGGUGUUACUCUAUUAUUGUUAAUACAUCUCGUCGCCAAGAAAAAUGCACAGUGGUCUUGAUCAAAGAUAAUAUAUCAAAUAUAGUAUGAAUAAUUUAGGGAAAAUUGUAGGAUCUUUAGAAUUGUUAGGACGGUAUUUUAAGAUAUCAUUUCCAUAUUUGUAUGUCGAAGUAACUUGCAAGCAUUUGGUUUGCCGUCUGCUUUCAAUAAAAAAGAGCAACCCCGUUGUUCUGGACUCCAAUAAUCGCUUUUGUUACUUGGCAAAACAAAUGUUAGCAGGAGUUUCUUAGAAUGGUUAAAGUCUGGUUAUCAAUAUAUAAACACAAAUCCAAUAGUGUCAAUAUUUAUUGUUGGUAAUAUUAUGCCAUUUUAACAACGCACAGCAGAUAUUCAUAUGGUCCGGUUUGUGUCGAAUCUUUCAUUCCUGGCUACUUUUCCGUCACUGCUCCGGUUUCUCCCUUUAAAAAGAUGUUGUGACUUAGGUUUAGAAAUGUCUUUACUAUGUUCCCAAUUUCACAGUAAUAUCGCAAUGCCUAUUAUAUUAUUUAAUGUUUAAUGACGUGGUUGUUCAGCUUAGUACUCUAGCUCUGACGAUCAAGUAGUGAAGCCCCUCGCUCGAGCAAAGACAGUUUCUAUGUCUCUCCAUUAAUACGGGUCAAAACGCACAAUAUCACACACACGCUACUUUGCGUUUAGUUUAGCUUCUCGUGUUGCGUUCUUGGGAGGAGAAGGAGGAGGAGAUGAAAAGAUGAUGAUGAUGAUGAUGGUGAUGAUGCAGGAGGAGAAGGAGUAGGAGUGUCCCGCUUCGUACUGCCCUUCUUGUGAUGAUGGUCCAAAUUCUUGACCACUCUUGAGUUCAACUCGACACUUGCCAGACAAUUUGCAAUGCUCACAGAAACCUAGGCCAGCCCAUCAGUAAUAACCAGUUGAAUGAUGCAGUUGUGUUAGAGUGAAUUCUCAAGAGCUGGUUAGGAAUCAGGUCUGACAUAGCCAUAUGGUAUAGGGCCUCAUUCGUCGUCGUCGUCGUCGUCUCGCGUCACUGGUGCUCAUGAGCUGCUCUUUGUACAGAGGCAGAAACUGACUCUUCUCGAGACUAAUGCGGCUUUGUUUUGGACUAGUUAGGAUGAAUGCGCUGUAUUGCUCUCUCUUUAGAAAAAAAGCUGUGCAGCCAGUGUCUGUGAGCCUGGUGUGGUAGCUUAGUUUGUGACUGGGAGAACUGGCCUUGUGGGAACAUUGUUUGAGGCUGACAGAUGCUGGCUGCACACAAUACACCUGCGACACACAUUUGGGUGCCAUGGUGUGGCUGCCGCAAGCUUUGUUCUUCAUUGAGGUUGUUCUCAAUAAUUUAUUGAAUGAAGCGUUUAUUGUUAUUUUAGCCCAUUUCACUGUGUUCCGCCAGAAAGUCGGUGUACGUGGUUUAGGCUCUGUCAUUCCCCUUGGUUAGUGUCUGUGCUUAUGCAUGAGUACAUGAAGUAACCUUUUCUCUUCAUUGGACAGUUAUGCAUAGUUUUGAAUAUAAUUAAUCAAAGACGAUCUUUAGGGUGGACAGUUCAUUUGACAUCUUUGUAAGCAGCGUUCAGGGGCUGAUAUGCAGCCCCCAGAGAGAGAAAUGUUGUAUAGUUGUUGUUGGAGUGAUAAUCAUCUUGGAAUUUGGUUUCAAACAAUGUAUAAUUUUUGUAGACUAUCUAGUGGUCACAACCUUUUCUGUGAUUGUACAUGCAAUUCCAGGUCAGCAACAGUUUAAAGACCUUGUUAUGUGGUCUUAAACAGUCAUUGCACUUGUAAUUUACUUGCAAAUGCAUGUUUUUUAACUGCCACAGACAACAAUUAGUACAUCACAAUAACCAACAUGUGACCAUAGAUUAAAAUAGAGACUAUCACAAUCUCGACAGAAUACAAGAGAUUUCCACAUGGUAAAGUGACCAUUACGUACUACUAGAAUAAAGGCUAUUAUUGUGCUACAACACGCUCACACUGCCAGGGCGGGCCUUGGGGACGUGGGCGGUUCCUGGAAUCCCUCCCCCCCAUCCCCCCCAAGUCCCACCACCCUUUGACACGGGUCACAUCCUGCGUGUCCACUUGAUAUGGAAGUAAAGAGGUCAGACAUCA